UUGCUUCGUUACAUAUAUGUAUUGUAAGGUCUCCAUCACCGUGACGUCAACCCAUUACCUCAAUCGACGAGGUAUACAUAAAUCUUGUAAAUCUCCAUCAAUUGAACACCAAAAAACCAUCCAACUCAAUCAAAUUCCAACAAAUACCUAUCAUCGUACUACCCAUAUACUGAUAUCAACAACCAGGUCCAAUGGCAGCAACUAAAACAGCAGGCGAGCCACUCACCACCAAAAGCCGCGUCCUCGAGACCGCCGCCGGCAUGAUCCAGGACUUCCGACCCGUGAAGCAAAUCUGCGCGUAUCUCAACGCAUUCCAUGUAUACGCAUCGGACCAAACUCGCGCCGUUGAAGCCCACCACUACUGUUCCCACAUCACCGAAGACAUCCGCCAAUGCCUAAUUUACGACUCUAACGCCGCUAACGCGCGCCUCAUCGGAGUCGAGUACAUGAUCAGCCCAUCCCUCUACGCAACCCUGCCUAAAGCUGAGCGCGAGCUCUGGCACUCGCAUACCUACGAAGUCAAAAGCGGGGUGCUGAUUAUGCCGGCACCAACGGGAACGCCAGAGGCAGUGUGGGCGACGGCAGAAACGGCGGAGAUGAGGGAUAUUAUCGGGUUGUAUGGCAAAUCAGUGCAUCUGUGGCAGGUCGAUCGAGGGGAUGCAGUGCCGUUGGGUAUGCCGCAGCUGAUGGGCAGUUUUAUUAACGAUGAGAUGGUGCAGAAGGUGAAUCCGCAGGGGAAAAGCGGGCUGAUGGAGGAUAGGGAUAGGAGGUUUGGGGUGGAUUAUAAGAACAAGGCUGAGAUUAGGAGGGGGAUUGAAGAGCCGGAGAAGCACGAAGAUGCCGAUGCAUUGAUGCGUGGUAAAACAUAAGAUUGUAUUGAUUGGUAUGUAUUGGUAUGUCCCCCGACUACUACACCUCGACUCGCCAUGCGCCAUACUUAAAUGGUUGUCAGAGCCAAGUAUCGUUCGUGGGAAUUGAAUUGAUUCAAUUAAUCUUGCUUCACUGUCCACACUUGCUCGUCCUGGUGUUAGAUUUCGGCGACGGCAAGCUCUAGCAAUUUUAGAAGCGAGGAGAAUUCCACAUAAAAUAUAAUACAGAAAGUACAGUAUAAAUGUCGUUAUAAAGAAACCUGCAAAGAAACCUGCAGCAGACCCAGCAUUAUGAGUUUGUCUGCAGAAUCCAUGCGUUGGG